AUGUUCUGCCACCAUCUCCUCCUGCUCGUUACCGCCGCAGCCUUCGUCGCCGCUGAUGAAUCACUCCGUCUGUAUCACCGUGUCUAUCACCCAAUAGUACCAGAGCUUCCUUUUGCCUUGCGUGGGACCGUUAACAUAAACGACUCGCUUCUCGUCACCUUCCGGCCCUCAGAAUCCAUAUCAGAACCACUGCAGCAGUUUGCGGACUCCCUGCAGCCCGGAGCAGUGGAUUUGCACGAUGCCCAGUACCAGGUCGCCCUGGAGCGCGCUGGCGACACAGCCGAAGCGCACUGGGAUAUAUCCUCCGUAAAACUGUGUCAUCUUGAGAAGAUCAAAUCCGAGUCCAUAAUUUUACACACAACGGCUGGACCGGACCCCUCUCCUUUCGCCAUCGACUAUUUCGUAUCGCCAAUACCUCUGGAUGGGUCGUGUUCCAAGUUGAAGAAACGAAAGUUGGAUUCUACGGCACUGUCCAGUUUUGUCAAGCAAGUCCAGCUCCUCAUGGUGGACACAACCGUGACCGUUCAGCGGCCCUCGUUGCCACCUCUACCAGAGCUCCGUGCCCCUCCUCCCAUAACCCAAUCCGGGGAGCCAGUCGUCCCCGUACCAGAGAAGUCCUUCAUACAGAAAUACUGGUUGUACAUCGUGGCGGUUUUGAUCGCCCUAGUUAUGUCUGGUGGUCCUCCUGAGGAAGAAGGGAAAAAGUAG